AUGAAGAAAAUCUGUGGUAUUCCUCUUUUUUUAUUAUUUCUAAAUUUACACAUUUAUGAAAAUAAUGUAGUGAGGAACGAAAUUGUAAAUGUGAAAAAGCCAAAUUUAAGAAACGGAUGUACAAUAAAGAAUGUCUCCUUACAAGAUGAUUCAAAUGGUGUAGACACGGAGAAUGAACCCGUAAUGAAUCCAGUUCAAGGUAACAAUGCACUACAGGAAAAAUCAAAAGAAUCUGAACUCAAAACACAAGCGCAGGAGAAUAAAGAAAAUGCAGAAGCAACAGUAGAAGGGGUAGCACAAGUGAGAGAAGGUGCAGGAGAAGGAGGAGCUGGGGUAGGAGGAACAGAAAAAAAAGAAGAAGGAGAAGAAGAAGAAGAAGAUGAUGAUGAAGAUGAAGAAGAUGAUGAUGAAGAUGAAGAAGAAGAAGAAAAAGAAAAUAAAAAUGAAGAAAAAACUGGAGGAGAAGAGGGAGAUCAUAAGACCCCUAAAUCAGAAGCACCAAAAAACGGAGUUGUAAAUGAACAAAAGGAAGUGGAGGAAGAAAAGGCGGUAACUAACUCAACCGACUCAGCUGGUACAACCCACUCAAGCGACGCAGUCGAGUCAGCUGGCACAAACAGCGCAACUGAUGCGACUAGCGAAACUGACGUAAAGGAAGUAGUAGAAAGAACUGGAGAAACGGAAGCAUCAAAUACACAAAUAAAGGUGGAACAGAACACUAAAGAAAAAAACUCUGUAUCUGAUGAAAAAAAAGAAGAUAAAAAGACGAAGACAAAUGAAAAAAUAAAUGUAUUAUUAGAAAAAGCAAAAGUAGCCAAUGAAGAAGCAAAAAAAGCAGAACUUGGAGCUCAGCAAGCAAAGACUCAAGCAGAAGAAACAACAAAAACAGCACAAACAACUAGUGCAGCAGCAAUGAAAGCAAAGGAUGAUGCUACAGACGCAGCAACAAGAGCAAAGGAAAAGGCAGAUGAAGCAUCAAAAAAGGUAAAAGAAACAGAAAAAGCUUUGGACGAGGUUAAAAAGGAGUUAGAAAAUGAAAAUAUAAAUGACAACGAAAUAGACAAAAAAGUUGAAUUAGUAAAAGAGGCAGCAUUAGGCGCAGUAGUAGCUUCAGAGGAAUCUAUCCAAGCAAAAACACAAGCAGAAAUAGCAGCAAAAAUUGCAAAGAUAGAAAUUACAAAGGAUAAAGCAAAAAAUGCAGUAGAAGAAGCUGAAGCAGCAAAGAAAAAAGCAGAAGAAGCAGAAAAAAAAGCCAAAACAGCAAAGGAUGAAGCAGUAAAAGCUGCUAACCGAACUGAGAAGGCCAAUAUGGGAGAAUCGGCAAAAGAAGAAGUAGAAGAAGCAGACCGUGAAGAAAAGAAAGCUAUAGAUGCAACGAAAGAAGCAGACGACAAAGCGGCUGAGACAGUGGAAUAUGCAUAUGCAAUAGAAGUACAAUUAGGAAUAGCAAUUACAUCACACGAAACAGCAAGAAGAGAAACAUCAGCCCAAAAAUUAAGGGAAGUAAAACAGCAUGCAGACGAAGCAACAGAAAUUGCGAUUUCCAUAGAACCAAAAGUGAUUGCAUCAGCACAAGAUACAAAAACAAAAGCAGAAGAAGCUAUAGAAGCAGCUAAAAAGGCAUUAACAGCAGCAAAUAUAGCUAAAGGAAAAGCAGAAAAAGCAGAAGCAGCUAAAAAGGAACAAAGAGAUGCAAAUAUAGCCAAAGCGAAUGCAGCAAAGGUGGAAGCACAAAAAGCAGCAGACGAAGCACUAAGUGCAGCAACUAAUGCAGGUAAUCUAGCAAGUGCAGCAAAUACUGAUGAAGAAAAAAAUACAAAAAUUCAUGAAGCAGCGAAAGAAGCAAAAGUUCAUGCACAGAAAGCAGCAGAAGAAUCAAAAAAGGCCACAGAUGCAGCAAAGUUAGCAACAGAAGCAGGAGAAGAGGCAGAUGAAGUAGUAAAACUAGAAGCAAUAAAAGCUGUAACCGCAGCCACAGAGGCAAGAAAGGCAAGAGAUAAAGCAGUACAUGCAUUUUUGAUAACGAAGAAUCAGGAUUUACUAGAACCAUUGGAAAUAUCUGAAAAGGACUGUGAUAUUAUGACAGAUAAAGAAGAACCUGUAAAUGAAGAAGUAGAAGACGAGGAAAAAGAAGGGGACAACGAAAGCGAAGAUGCAUUAUCAUCAGAAGUUCAAGAAGAGCAGGGAGGAGAGUUGGAAGAUGACGCAGAUGUUACGGAUGAGGCAGAAGAAGAAGAAGAUGAAGAAGAAGCAGAUGAAAAAGAACAAAAAGAAGAAAAAGAACAAGAACAGCAACAAGAAGCAAGCCAAGAAAUGAAGGAUAAAGACGAAAAGGAAAAAAGCGUGGACAUAUUAGGUGAUGAGGGCGCGCAUAAAUUACUUGCAGAGAAGCAUAAUAGUGCUAAUCAUUCCAAAAUGACAGAUGAUGUACUUUUCAAAACAGUGAUUAGUGAUGUUGGUGAUGAUACUCUUCAAAAUUUAAAGAAAGACGUGGAUCAAUAUUUUAAAAGUAAAUUAAUAUAA